UGUACACAAACCAUUAAUAUAAUGCAUUCGUUCAUAUAAUACCAUCAAUAAUUACUAUCUUUCCUUUCCGUCUUCCUUAGUCGCAGAAGCACGCGGAGCCGUACGGUGUUGUUUCCUCCACCCGAUCAACAUGUCAACUCUUUACAGGGGCAUGGCCAGGAAAGAUAAACCUAGAGGGCGCCAUCAAGGUUUGACUGCCCAGAAAAAGCAGGAGAUUAAGGAAGCAUUUGAACUGUUUGAUACUGAUCAAUCUGGUACUAUUGAUGCCAAGGAGCUGAAUGUUGCAAUGAGGGCUCUUGGUUUUGAAAUGUCUGAAGAGGAAAUUACUCAAAUGAUAGCUGAAGUAGACAAAGAUGGGAGUGGUUCAAUUGACUUUGAGGAAUUUUGCCACAUGAUGACAGCCAAAUUUGGAGAGAGGGACACCAAACAAGAGCUCAUGAAGGCCUUUAACAUUAUCGAUCAAGAUAAAAAUGGAAAGAUUUCUGUUGCUGAUAUUCAGCGCAUUGCAAAGGAACUGGGUGAAAACUUCACUGAAAAGGAGAUACAAGACAUGAUUGAUGAAGCAGAUCGGGACCGUGAUGGUGAGGUAAAUGCUGACGAAUUCAUGAGAAUGAUGAGGAGAACCUCAUAUGGGUACUAAAUCACCUCCACUGCCGAACUCAGAGUUAUGAAGGAAGGAACUGGGAAUAUUAGUACGGAAUACUUUUCUUGGGGUGGGGUGAGGUGGGGUGGGUUGUAUGAUGCAUUGAAUUAAGGUUAAACUUUUGUUGAUGAUACCAACAAGGCUUUGAUUGUAAAGUUUUAUGUACCUUGUGAUGUGAUGAUUAUAUUGAAGUAAUAUUAUAAAACAAAUAUUUCUUCCA